UUAAAACUCUAGUAUGAAAAAUCUGGGUGCAGUGGCAUGCGCCUGUGGUCCCAGCUACUUGAGAAGCUCGGGUGAGAGGUGAGAGGAUCAUUGAGCUCCGGAAUUUCAGCUCCUGUGGUUUUUUUGAUUUAUUUAUUUAAAACACAACAAAACCCAAAAUGGCUUCAAUCUGAUAGUUUCUUUUGAAGUCGGCAUUCUGAUUCUGUCCAUUCUUAAUUGUAUUCUUUCCAUUGAGCGUAAGCUCAUUCCUUUCACAGAAAUUUCCUUUGUCCUUGUUGAUUUUGGAAUUCUACGGCACUUUUCCAUUUCCAUGGAGAUGCAGUGUAGCAUCUUCAAGUCUCCAACUCUUAACAUCUGUCUCUUUCACGUGUAAGAGCCCUUGUGAUUCCAUUGUCCCUCGCAGAUACCCGGAAUAAUCCCCCCAUCUCAAAACCCUUAAUUUAAUCAUCUGUGAAGUCUCUUCCAUCUGUAAUGGAACAUAUUCCCAGGUUUGAGGAACUACAAUGUAGAUACUUUUGUGGGGCUGUGAUUCUGCCCACCAGAGACACUAAGCUUAAAGUGAAAGCCACACCUUAUUCAAAGCCUGGAGGUUUUCCUGUAUUCGGCCAUUUAAAUUUUUGUUCCUGUCCUCCACAGACUUCUAUUCUCCAGGCUUCAGAGCUAUCCGCUUACCAUUCAAUGAUCUCCUUUUGUCCUUACCUUCCUUUGUUCAUUUUUUAAAAACAAUACCUUUCAAAGAGCAAAAGUUUUAGAUUUGAUGAGGUUCAAUCUAGCUAAGUUUUUGUCGUUUAUACUUUUUAUACCCUAAGGAAGCUUUGUCUAUCCCAAGAUGUGAAGAUUAGCUUCUAUGAUCUCUUAAAAACAUUAAAGAGUUUCAGUUUGUAUGUUUAGCUCUGUGAGAUUGGCACAAGGGAACCACACAGAUCAGGCUUUUGAGAUGUCUUUUUCUGUCUCUGGACUUGGCUGGUAUGACCUCUUAUUACGGACUGUGGUGCCCAUAAUGAAAGACACUGAUAGAUUAAUCAGUAAUAAUUAACUGCAGCUGGGCACUUGGUCUUCCGUUCCCUGUUUAUUUGCUAAGUGGCUCAGUGACAAGGUAAAUAAGACAAAACAGAUGUAGGAGGCACUGAGUGGGGUGGACAGUCAGCUGUCAGUGGCUUCUGCUGAGAUGACCACAGGACUCCAGUUUCCCCUGCCACGACUGGCCACAGGACUGUUACUCCUCCUCAGUGUCCAGCGCUUGGCUGAGAGCGGGAAGGUGCUGGUGCUGCCCACGGAUGGCAGCCACUGGCUCAGCAUGCGGGAGGUUGUGCGGGAGCUCCAUGCCAGAGGCCACCAGGCAGUGGUCCUCACCCCAGAGGUGAAUAUGCACAUCAAAGAAGAGGACUUCUUCACCCUGACAACUUAUGCCAUUCCAUACACCCAGGACGAAUUUAAUCACCUUUUGCUGAGCCACACUCAACUGUUCUUUGAAACAGAACAUUUUCUAAAGAAAUUUUCUAGAAGUAUGGAAAUUUUGAAAAAUAUGUCUUUGGUUGCACAUGGGGCUUGUGUGGGGCUACUGCAUAAUGAGACCCUGAUCAGGCACCUGAAUGCUACUUCCUUUGAUGUGGUUUUAACAGACCCUGUUUACCUCUGCGGGACAGUGCUGGCUAAGUACCUCUCGAUUCCUGCUGUGUUUUUUUUGAGGUACAUUCCGUGUGACUUAGACUUCAAGGGCACACAGUGUCCAAAUCCUUACUCCUAUGUUCCUAAGUUACUAACAAUGAAUUCAGACCACAUGACAUUCCUGCAGAGGGUCAAGAACAUGCUCUACCCUCUGGCCCUGUCCUACAUUUGCCAUGCUUUUUCUGCUCCCUAUGCAAACCUUGCCUCUGAGCUUUUUCAGAGAGAGGUGUCAGUGGUGGACAUUCUCAGCCAUGCAUCUGUGUGGUUGUUCAGAGGGGACUUUGUGAUGGAUUACCCCAGGCCGAUCAUGCCCAACAUGGUCUUCAUUGGGGGCAUCAACUGUGCCAACAGGAAGCCACUAUCUCAGGAAUUUGAAGCCUACAUUAAUGCUUCUGGAGAACAUGGAGUUGUGAUUUUCUCUUUGGGAUCGAUGGUCUCAGAAAUUCCAGAGAAGAAAGCUAUGGAAAUUGCUGAUGCUUUGGGCAAAAUCCCUCAGACAGUCUUGUGGCGGUACACUGGAACCCGACCAUCGAAUCUUGCGAACAAUACGAUACUUGUUAAGUGGCUACCCCAAAAUGAUCUGCUUGGUCACCCGAAGACUCGUGCCUUUAUCACCCAUUCUGGCUCCCACGGUAUUUAUGAAGGCAUAUGCAAUGGCGUUCCCAUGGUUAUGAUGCCCUUGUUUGGUGAUCAGAUGGACAAUGCAAAGCGCAUGGAGACUAAGGGAGCUGGCAUCACCCUGAAUGUUCUUGAAAUGACUUCUGAAGAUUUAGAAAAUGCCCUAAAGGCAGUCAUCAAUGACAAAAGCUAUAAGGAGAACAUCAUGCGCCUCUCCAGCCUUCACAAGGACCGCCCGGUGGAGCCACUGGACCUGGCAGUGUUCUGGGUGGAGUUUGUGAUGAGGCACAAGGGCGCGCCACACCUGCGACCUGCAGCCCACGACCUCACCUGGUACCAGUACCAUUCCUUGGAUGUGAUUGGUUUCCUCCUGGCCAUCGUGCUGACAGUGGCCUUCAUUGCCUUUAAAUGUUGUGCCUAUGGCUACCGGAAAUGCUUUGGGAAAAAAGGGCGAGUUAAGAAAGCCCACAAAUCCAAAACACAUUGAGAAGUGGGUGGGAAAUAAGGUAACGAUUCCCUAAUCCGUUCCAAACUUGAAAACAGAAUCAGCGUUAAAUUCAUUUUAUUCUUAUUAAGGAAAUACUUUGUAUAAAUUAAUCAGCCCUAGAAUGCUUUAACAAUUUUUCUUAAAUAAAAAUAAUCAAAUCACUAGUCAGUAAAGAUUUUUGAAUAUGUAUUGUGCCUCCUCCAGUGUCUUCGAUCAGGAUGACAUGGGCCACCUUUCAGAGGACAUGUGGACAGGCUGGCAUUCUAUGUUACUUUUCUUAGUUAGAAAAGUGGCCUGCUUUGGAGUAUGGGAUUCAUAGGUGGUCCUGCCACUGCCUCUACUUCAAAUGGCAGUUUUCACUUUAUCUUUUGGCUUCUGUAGAUGGUUGCAAUCGAUCCUUUACCAAUAAUGGUCGGUCCUCAUCUCUGUCCAUGCUACAUAGAUGUCACCUUCUGUGUUUAAAGAAGCGGAACCUUUGUACCUUCAGAACAUAGGUGAAAUGAAUGAAUGGCUUGGAGUGCACUGAGAACAGCAUAUGAUUUCUUGCUUUGGGGAAAAAGAAUGAUGCUAUAAAAUUGGUGGGUGGUAUAUUUGAGAAGAUAAUUAAUGCUUAUGUCAAAUGUAGCUGAAUUUGAUAAAAACCCAAAGUACAGCAAUGAAGUGCUGGGCAAGUGUGUUUUUUUCUGAUGUUUCCUACAGCUAAAAAUAUCUUAAUAAAGUCAUAUAAAUUAUA